UAAGGGGGUUGACCAGAAUGCAUUUUCAAUAAUAUGACAAUAUGAAGCAAAGUCAAGACAAGACAACCUUCGGACAUGUAAACACAAAAUCAAAUUCAAAGAAAUAAAAAUGUUGUAAAGGGGUUUCAUCAAGCUACUUCUAGUCAUGCCGUACAUUAAAACAUCUCAAACCAAUCGGCUUUCAAAAACAUUUUUGGAUGCAAAGUCACAGAAAUGUGGACUGCGGUGCACGGUUUUCUCAGUCGAUGGAAAUGAAUACACAGGAGAGUGGCUGAACAACAAGAAGCAUGGGAAGGGAACUCAAGUGUGGAAGAAGUCUGGGGCCAUAUAUACUGGAGAAUGGAAAUUUGGAAAACGCGAUGGAUACGGUACCCUCAGUGUGCUGCUUCCUGAAACAAAGGAGUAUGAAAAGAAGUACUGUGGUGGAUGGGAAAAUGGAAAGAAACAUGGGUUCGGAACGCAAUUCUACACAAACUCUGCUGUUUAUGAGGGGUGGUGGCGUGAGGGCCAACGAACUGUCUGGGGAAGGAUGUGCUACGAGAGUGGAGACGUCUACGAGGGAGAGUGGAUGACGGAUAAGACUCACGGUCAGGGCACCAUCCGAUUUGCAAAUGGAAAUUGGUAUGAAGGCACAUGGCGGGAGGGCAAGAAGAACGGUAACGGAAAGUUCUACUAUUCUGACAAAGGCCAGAUUUUUGAGGGCUUUUGGGUGGAUGGAGCGGCAAGGUGCGGGACGCUGUCGGAUUUUGGGAGGAACGAAGCACCGUCUGCGACAAAGUAUCCCAUUCCACAGCUACAACUGAUGGAUAUGAAGUUGGUAUUGAGUGAAGCCAAGUCGGCCUACCUUGAGACGGUCAGCAGCGAGUUUCCACUCUGUGACAAACUCCCAAGGAAAUAAUAAAAGAGCAAAUGCUAUUGUAUU